ACCUCUCCUCUCUUUCUUCUCUUCCGGAGCGAUCAGAGUUAUUACUGUACCCCUCAAAACCAGGCACAUCACACAGAGAGAAGAAAAUCGAAGACGAAAGCCAAAACACCAAAAUGGAGCGCGGAAACUGAGAAGUUAAAACUGAACUUUGACUCGUCGUCCUGCUCUGAUCUCGGUGAAUUCUGAGCUGAAUCGUCGUUAUCUCCGCCAUGGCUGCACCGUUCUUCUCAACGCCGUUUCAGCCCUACGUGUACCAGAGUCCACAAGAUGCUAUGAUACCAUUUCAAAUUUUGGGCGGUGAAGCUCAGCUGGUACAGAUAAUGUUGAAGCCGGAAGAGAAGGUUGUGGCAAAGCCUGGUUCAAUGUGCUUCAUGUCUGGGUCGAUCGAAAUGGAAAAUGUUUUUGUUCCUGAAAAUGAAGUAGGGGUGUGGCAGUGGCUCUUUGGCAAGACUGUGAGCAGCAUAAUCUUUCACAAUAAUGGUCAAGGCGAUGGGUUUGUUGGCAUUGCGGCACCUUCUCUUGCCAGAAUUCUCCCGAUUGAUUUGGCAGUAUUUGGUGGAGAGAUUUUGUGCCAGCCAGAUGCAUUCCUUUGUUCCGUGAAUGAUGUUAAAGUCAGUAAUACGGUUGACCAGAGGGCUCGUAAUAUUAUUCCUGGUGUAGAGGGUUUUCUAAGACAGAAGCUAUCUGGCCAAGGGCUUGCAUUUAUAGUUGCAGGUGGAUCUGUUGUCCAGAAAAAUCUUGAGGUGGGCGAGGUAUUAUCUGUUGAUGUUUCUUGUAUAGCAGCUGUGACUACUUCAGUCAAUGUCCAAAUCAAAUACAAUGGGCCCAUGAGAAGAGCUGUGUUUGGUGGUGACAAUCUGGUAACGGCUGUUUUAACCGGACCAGGCAUCGUCUUCAUUCAGAGUUUGCCUUUUCAUCGAUUUUCUCAGCGUAUCGCUAGGGCAGUUACAUCACCAAAUAUGAGGGAAAAUCCAAAGUUCGUUAUGCAGAUAGCCGUUUUCUUUUUCCUGGCAUAUGUUGUGAUUAUAUCUUCGUUAAUCCUGACCGAUGUAUGAAACUACCAUUUACGGGACAACCAACAGUGUCAUAUCAGUUCUUCACACAUGAUGGUUGCUGUAGCUUGAUUCAGCUUCAAUAUGAUCAGAUCAAUAGAAACAAGGGACUUUAGAAGAGAAUUUGGCAGUGGGACUGACUGCUUUGUAAAUUUCUUUUUUGUUUUGGAAAGAUGUUCUGUAAAUUUAGAUAGUGGGCGUUCUACAUCAACUCACAGUAAUCAAUAUUCAGGUCGGCCCCUUGAGUAA